CAACAAUGCAACGACACUUCGUUGAGAUACUUGCCCUCUCUCCAAGCCAAGUUCUGCAAAACCCGAAUACCCUUUCCUUCUUCCUCAUCGAUACUUGAAGCACUCGAGCUCUUCAACCAUGAUUACAGUGAGUGUAAAAUGGCAAAAGGAGCUCCUUAAAGCUGUGGAAAUUGACACUACCCAGCCCCCUUAUGUGUUCAAAUGCCAGCUGUACGAUCUAACAGGGGUACCUCCUGAAAGGCAGAAAAUUAUGGUUAAAGGUGGUUUGCUGAAGGACGAUGCAGAUUGGUCAACCUUAGGAGUAAAAGAGGGUCAAAAAUUGAUGAUGAUGGGAACCGCAGAUGAGAUAGUAAAGGCUCCUGAAAAGGGUCCUGUUUUCAUGGAAGAUCUUCCAGAAGAAGAACAAGCUAUUUCUUUGGGUCAUAGUGCUGGCUUAUUUAAUUUGGGAAACACCUGCUACAUGAAUUCCACUGUACAAUGUCUGCAUUCUGUUCCAGAAUUGAAGUCAGCUUUAAUAAACUAUUCACAGUCUGGGAAAAGCAACGAUGUGGAUCAGACUUCUCACAUGUUGACCAUGGCAACCCAUGAUUUGUUUAAUGAGCUGGAUAAAAGUGGCAAGGCUGUAGCGCCAAUGCAAUUUUGGAUGGUAUUACGUAAAAAGUACCCUCAGUUUGGUCAGAUGCAUAAUAAUUACUUCAUGCAACAGGAUGCUGAAGAAUGUUGGACCCAACUUCUAUACACGCUCUCUCAGUCUCUGAGGUCAGCAGGUUCCAGUGAAAAUCCAGAUGCAGUUAAGUCCCUAUUUGGCAUCGACUUUGUAAGCAGGGUUCACUGCCAGGAAAGUGGUGAAGAAAGCUCAGAAUCAGAAUCAGUUCAUUCCCUUAAAUGCCACAUAUCUCAUGAGGUGAACCAUUUGCACGAAGGAUUGAAACAUGGUUUAAAAUCAGAACUGGAAAAGAAUUCUCCUUCUUUGGGGCGUAGUGCAAUCUAUGUGAAGGAGUCUCGCAUCAAUGGCCUGCCAAGGUACUUAACUAUUCAGUUUGUUCGCUUUUUCUGGAAGAGGGAAUCAAAUCAGAAGGCCAAGAUUUUGCGGAAAGUGGAUUAUCCUUUGGAGUUGGAUGUUUUUGAUCUCUGCUCAGAAGAACUUCGCAAAAAGUUGGAAGUUCCUCGUCAGAAACUGCGGGAUGAAGAAGGCAAAAAGCUUGGUCUGAAAGCCAAGGGCUCUGCUUCAGAAGACAAUGAUGUCAAGAUGUCUGAGGCAGAGGGCUCCUCCAACGAAAGUGGAGAACCAUCUAAUUCUAAGUCCUCUGAAGGUGGUCCAUCUGAGAAGGAGACACAAUUGACCGGAGUUUAUGAUUUGGUUGCGGUGUUGACACACAAGGGUCGGAGUGCUGACUCGGGGCAUUAUGUGGCCUGGGUCAAGCAAGAAAGUGGGAAAUGGAUUGAAUAUGAUGAUGAUAAUCCCAUCCCACAGAGGGAGGAAGACAUCACAAAACUCUCUGGAGGAGGUGAUUGGCAUAUGGCCUACAUUUGCAUGUACAAGGCCCGUGUUGUUCCAAUGUGACUUUCGUUCUCAUAAAUCAAUUGAAUUGGAGAUCAAGACGGCCAUUUAUAUUCUAUAUAUCUAUCUGUGUACUGUGAUCAUGAUAUAUAGUCAGAAGAUUUAUAUUGUUGUAGCUCAUCUGUACCAUUAGACAUUUCAAUUUGUUCUAAUUGUGCGUUGUAGAACCGUAUGGUUUGUCAGAUGUUUCAAUUUGUAGUGGUCAAAUUUUGAUGGUGAUAAAUUGCACGUAUCAUUAAGAAAAAUUACGAUUUAAAAGCAACAACUGAAAGGCUUUUUUUA